UUCUCAAUUGCUAAUCUGGUACGUGCUGACUGUUGGACCCUGAAAUGGCGCCCGGGAGAGAGCUUUUACUCGUGAUGGCGCAGGUGGUGAUUCUCCUGCUGCAGAACACGGUCACACUUUGCCAUGCGCAUCUGCGGCACAUUCUGAGGUGGAGAAGGGCUGCCCAGCUGAUUUUCCACAGCGAAAGAUUGGGUGCAGCUUCACGUAGGUCAACUUUGCGAGGGAUCCGUCUGCGGCAGCGAUGGUAUGUGCUGGCGGACACCAGAGAGCACAGAGACUGCUGGGUAUACUCCCGGAGCCAGGACUGGUGGGAGCGCAUAGCCCUGCGUGUAUGGGACGACACCCAUUGGAUUCAGUGUUUCCGGAUGACCAGGGGGACCUUCAAUGAGCUGGUGGAUGCCCUGAGGCCGACCCUGGCACGCCAGUCCACCAACAUGCGUGAGCCCGUGUCCGUGGAGAAGAGGGUGGCGGUGACGUUGUGGUGCCUUGCCACUGGGGCAUGCUACCGCGUUGCAGCGGAUCACUUCGGCCUGGGGCUGUCCACCAUUUCGGAUGCUGUGCUGGAGGUCUGCUUCGCAAUUGAGAAACAGCUACUCUCGAAGACAGUGUGUCUCGGGGACGAGGUCGGGAAGAUAAUGGAUGGGUUUACAGCGCUGGGGUUCCCUCAUUGUGUUGGGGCGAUUGAUGGCACUCACAUCCGCAUCGGUCAGCCCCGUGGGAAGCCGGACCAAUAUGGUAACCGAAAGAACUACUCCUCCAUCUUGCUGCAGGGUACAGUCAAUCACACCGGCCGUUUUGUCGAUGCAGAGGUGGGUUGGAGUGGCAAGAACCACGACGCCUUCGUCUUCCGCAACUCGGCUCUCUGUGCUGCAAUGGACAAUGGGGCUUUUGUGCCUGGGAAUCCCUCCCUGACAGUGAAUGGUGUUUCAGUGCCACCGCUGAUGAUCUCGGAUGGUGCUUAUCCAAUGCGCCGGUGGUUGAUGAAGCCGUACGGAAAAUUUGCUGUCACACCACAACAGAAAUACUUCGACCGCUGCCUGGCACGGGCCAGGAACUGGGUGGAAUGCAGUUUUGGUCAUCUGAAGGGACGCUGGCAGUGCCUCCUCCAUCGGCUGAAGGCCAGAGAGGAGAACGUGGUGACCAUUGUUACCGCGUGUGUGAUCCUGCACAACUUGUGCGAGGCCAAGGGACAUGCAGUGCUCGGGUCACUGACGGAUCCCACGCCCUUGACAAUGCCCGGGGAUGGACUGGAGUAUGGGGAGAACGACAGGGGGAUGCUUGAUGAGGGGAAGAGGGUUCGUGACGCGAUGGCUGAAUUCAUGUAUUCAAGAUGCGGACGGUGA